AUGGAUGUGUACUUCAUCUUUAUGCUCCUGGAGGGCCUCUUGGCCGUAGCCAUCAUCUGCACCAACCUGCUGGUGUGUGCCACUCUCUGCCUUCACAAGGAGUUGCGCUGUGUCACCAACUACCUGCUCGGGUGCCUGGCAGUGGCUGACCUGGGGGUGGGGGCCCUGGCUGUCCCCUUCUCCAUGGUGCUGGGCAUGGAGUACACCUUGUGCUUCUACAGCUGCCUCUUCCUCACCUGCUUCCCCCUGGUCACCACCCAGUUCUCCAUCCUCCUGCUGCUGCUCAUCGCCGUCAAUGCCCACUUGAAAAUCAGGCUCCCCAACAGCUAUGCCUUAUACGUGAAGAAAGAGCGGGUGCUGGUUAUUGUGGGCUUCUGCUGGCUGUUCUCAAUCCUGAUUGGCCUCUCCCCUAUGAUGGGCUGGAACCGUCUGGAGCACUACAGGGAGGUUAACAAGACCAUGGGCUUCAGCCUCCCCUUAGAGAGGGCUGCCUUCAUCCUCAUCAGCCGCGACUUGCCUUACAGCACCUUCCUCCCCAAGGCCCAGCCAGGCAAUCACAGGGACUCCAACUCCAGUGAGACCCCAGACAGGCACCUGGGGCGCUGCUCCUUCACAUCUGUCUUCUCACCUGAGUACCUGGUCUAUUUUGUCUUCUUUGCAUGUACCCUGCUGCCACUAGGCGCCAUGCUGGGCAUCUAUGCUGACCUCUUCCGGGUGGUCCGUGGGCACUUCCUGGCCCAGCCACUCCGGGUGGCCAAGAAAGGGGAGCUGCAGAUGGCAGGAACCCUCUUCCUCUUGGUCGGUGUUUUCUGUGUCUGCUGGAUCCCACUGCAUGUCAUCUACAGCGUACGCCUGCUGUGCCCCCGCUGCCGGACCUAUGAGUCAUUGGAGCGCCUGGCUGUCAUGCUCUCCCAUCUGAACUCGCUGGCCAACCCACUGGUCUACACCAUGAGGAAGAAGGACUUUGGCUUGGCAGUCCGAUCUGUCUUCCUCCGCUACAUCCUGUGGUGGCCCCAGCUGCGGGCUUGCUGCACCCCCAAGGCUAAGGUCUAUCCCCAGGGGUGA